UAGGUGGUGGAUAUGGCUAAUCAUCGGGUUGGGAUCAAGCAUAACAUUAUCUCUGAUCUGUUACUUAUCCUUACGGAGAAAACACAAAGCAGAAGUGCUCGGGAAUAUAAAGCAAAGGAAGAUAUUACAUGACAUUGGAGGCAGCGCAAUGAUUUACAUGGUGCAAGGCAAAGCCAAAAGGAAUCAUAAAUAUCGAAGGGCAAGCAAUAAUAAUGAGGUUGAAAUAUUCAGUUUUGAGAGCAUUGUAGCUGCCACAAACAACUUCUCAGUUUCAAACAAGAUAGGAGAGGGUGGUUUUGGUCCCGUUUACAAGGGAACACUUACUGAUGGACAAGAGGUUGCAAUAAAGCGACUUUCUCAAAGUUCUGGACAAGGGCUAACAGAAUUUAAAAAUGAGGCUAAACUUAUGGCCAAACUUCAGCAUACUAAUCUUGUAAGGCUUUUGGGGUUCUGCAUCCAAAGAGAUGAAAGAAUAUUGGUCUAUGAAUACAUGUCCAACAAGAGCUUAGACUAUUACCUAUUUGAUGAAAUCAAACAGCGUGUACUAGAUUGGGGGAAACGAUUUGCCAUUAUAGAAGGAGUUGCCCAAGGACUUCUUUAUUUACAUAAAUAUUCAAGACUCAAAGUGGUGCAUCGUGACUUGAAGGCAGGAAAUAUUUUACUCGAUGAAGAAAUGAAUCCUAAAAUAUUUGACUUUGGCAUGGCUCGAAUAUUUGGGCCAAAAGGAUAUGAAGAAAGCACAAACAGAAUAGUUAGCACAUAUGGUUAUAUGGCUCCGGAAUAUGCAAUGAAUGGUAUUGUUUCAAACAAGAUAGACGUGUUUAGUUUUGGUGUUCUUCUACUUGAAAUUCUUAGUGGCAAGAAGAACAAUAGCUGUUAUGAUUUAGAUCAUUCUCUCAAUCUCACAGGAUAUGCAUGGCGGCUUUGGAAUGAAGGUAGAACUUUAGAGCUAAUAGAGUCAUCAUUAAAUGAACCAAGUGCUCAAAAGAAAGUGCUUAGAGGUAUUCAUACUGGUCUCUUGUGCGUUCAAGAUCAAGCAAUAGACAGACCUUCCAUGGUAGAUGUAAUUUCGUUUCUAUCAAAUGAUACUAUUCAACUUGUCCAACCAAAGCAGCCAGCUUUUUUUGGCAAUGUGGUAGAGGAAGAGUUCGAGUUAUCCAGCAGCAAGCAAGAACUUUAUUCCAAAAGUUGCUUAACAAUGUCCAGUAAUUUAGACGGUAGAUAA